GGGCUGUCUCGGGCCGGCUCCUGGCGCUGCUACGCAUGCGCAGGGCUGUCUCGGGCCGGCUCCGGGUGAUGCAGGCUGAGUACAAGGAUGACAUCCGGUGAGCUGCGGGUCUGUGUGUCUCGGGAUGGAGUGUGCACGGUGGGAUUGCAGCUGUGAGAUGAGCUCCUCAUCCUCCCAAUGAGUGGCAUCGGCCGGCAGGUAAUGAACAGUGGGAAUGAGAAACAUCCGGCGCCUUUUCUUGCGGUGCCUUCGCCUGGGACACAGGAGGAAAUUUACCUAUGUGAACCUCCUGACGGAUUACCUGCGCUACUGCCGCCUCUGCCUUGUGUCCCUGGGGUAUAACUCCUUCACCAACAGCGAUGUGGUCAUAGAGUCUCUCUUUGAGCCAAUUUAUUGGCUGGUUGAUCACCUGACCAGGUGGUUUGGUGUAGUGUUUGUUGCCCUGGUCAUCCUGCUGACCAGCUCCAUUGUGCUGAUUGUAUACCUCUGCGUCCUCCCUCUGAUCCUGCACACGUAUUCCCCGGCCUGGAUCUGCUGGCACCUGGCCUAUGGCCACUGGAAUCUCGUUAUGAUCGUCUUUCAUUAUUACAAGGCCAUUACCACUCCCCCGGGAUAUCCACCACAGUUUCAGAAGGAUAUUCCGUGUGUGUCAGUGUGCAGGAAAUGCAUCGCACCCAAACCUGCCCGGACCCAUCACUGUAGCAUUUGCAACAGGUGUGUGCUGAAAAUGGAUCACCAUUGCCCCUGGCUGAAUAACUGCGUGGGACACUACAACCACCGCUAUUUCUUCUCCUUCUGCCUCUUCAUGACCAUGGGCUGUAUCUACUGUAGCAUCAGCAGCCGCGUCAUGUUCAGGGAAGCCUACGCGGCCAUCGAGAAAAUGAAGCUUCAGGAGAAGGAGAGGCUCCAGUUUGCAGCCAAUGAGACGUACAGUCAGACUCCACCUCCCAGAUUUUCCUUCCGAGAGAGAGUAUUCCACAAGUGUAUCAUUUACCUCUGGGUGCUUUGCAGUUCUGUUGCGCUGGCUCUUGGCGCCCUUACGCUGUGGCACACCAUGCUCAUCACUCGAGGAGAGACCAGCAUAGAGAGACACAUCAACAAGAAAGAGAGGAAGAGACUGCUCACCAAAGGAAAGGUGUUUCACAAUCCAUACAGCUACGGCCGUUACAGUAACUGGAGACUUUUCUUUGGCGUAGAACAAAAACUGCAGUGGAUCACUAGAGUCCUCCUGCCAUCGUCCCACCUUGCUUACGGAGAUGGUUUGACGUGGAACACUCCCUCUUGGAUCCCCGUGAAGCAGAGUCCUGUCCUUACAAUAUGAAGAAGCCUUCUACACUUGUGCUGUUUUAACAGUUAGGCUGAUUGGUUAUUUAUAAGACACAUAUUGUGCGGUGCAGUUCUGUAACACCAGCACGAGACAGGCGUAUGGAAUAAAGUGGACCAGAUGCAGAACGGAGGAGCCAGUGACAUCAGCCCAGGACAAUGUAGCCAUCUCUGCCAAUGACUGGCAAGUGUGUACCUAUACGCUACUGUUAUCAACAGGCAACAACUUGCAGGUCUUUAUCUGCCUCUAGAAUUAUAACAUAUUGUUUGUCUUCCCCUUUUGGGGGGCGGGGGGCUGUUUCCGGGGACUCUGCUUCGCCUGCCAGAUGAAGGUGAAACAAAAUCCCAAAUAAGCCGCGGCACGCGCCGGCUUAUUAGGGCUAAUUACAUAGCACCCCUGCGGGACAAUUAGCCCCGGUAAAUUACCGGGGCUAAUUGGAUAUCCCCCUAUGUUUCUGUUUCCAUUUGUAGAUCUUCUCAAUUACUGCCAAACAGAUUCCAAAUACAGCAACUGUGGACUCCUACAGUGGCGGUCAGCCUGGCUUAAGACCCUGUUUGUGAGAUUCCGUUAUGACACAGGAGCUGAGUAUUUUGGCUCCACAUUCCCAUGUACAGUAGUUCUUUAUUUAAUUUAAGGAACUGUACUUAUAAUCUGCUGCUCAGUGCACCCCGGCACAGCUGACUUUACUGACACAGAACAAUGUCUAGCUCUCUGGACAGGCAAAUACAACAUGUUCUUUACUGGAAUUUGCAAACUUGUACUUUUAACGACAGCUUUACAGCUAAUGAGCACCUCAUUACCCUAAAUUUUUAACCCCAGUUUCCUGUGAGUAGGGUGAGAUACGUGUUAAUUAACUUUAUCUGCUUCACUCAUCAUUACCUUAAAUUAUUUAAGAUCAUUCCAUUAAAAUGAUGAAAGGUUACCCAUGGACUUGUAAGCCAGUUUCCAUAUGGCCUUGUAACACAGGAGGCCGCGACAGGGCAGGUUUUCAGUGGUUUACCGUGGCAGAGAAACAAUGGCUGUUAAAGGUCCAUUUGCUGUAUCCCACUUACUCAUGUUUAACGCCUUACUUUAGGUCAGGAAUUCAUUUCAACCAAUAACAUGAAGGAGUGUUACUGUAUGAUGUUUGUUUGUUUUUAUGUAGGAUUUGUAAAAAUUAAGAGAUGAGCAGGUUCGGGUUUUACUCGUUCUCAAAACUGCAUCUGCUUUGGCUAUCCAAAACACGAGACAUCCAUGAGCCAAUAAGAUGCUGUUUUGAGAAUCGAGUAAAACCGAACCCGCUCAUCUCUCGUAAAAAUCAAUACGACACAUUUUAAAAUCAAGUGUUUUUGAGCUUUGUAAUGUUUUUCAUUUAUUAUGGUCUUCUGACCCUUUUUUCCUAGUUGCAGUCUCUAUGUAGAUUGAGGUCAUGAUUUUAUAGUCGGUAAUAGCAACAGUGACACCUGCAGUAUGUAAUAAAAACCAGCCUGCUGAAGAUCAACCCCACCGUUCACCUGGAAACUAUGCAAAGUUCUGACCGUUAAUGUUACAGCUAGGCCUCAUUGCUUAUUACUGUUGUUGGUCUGUGCCACCUUGGAACUUCACAAAUGGAUUUGAGUUGGCACCUCUCAGUGAUAUUCUUCUGGCCGCAGGUGUUGUACCAGCUUAUGCCAUUCCCGGUAAGAGACUGCUACAAGAAGCAUUACAAUAGUAGUAUACUAGCCAGGGUGUAAGAAGAAUAUGAUCAUCAGUCAGUCACAUGACCUGGGUGGAUUAGGUGAAGCAGCCAAUCCCUGCUCAUUUCUACCAUUAAGGUUUUGUACAAACGGUUGAUUUUGUGAAUGCAUAUUUGUGUGAUUUAUUUAGGAUGGAUCGCCUCUAUAAAUUUUCUUGUUUUUAUAAA